AUGAAAGAAAAGUUGCCAACGAUGGGCGGGAAACAUCGUCGGUCUCUUGCAAACAUGGACAGUUUCAUAUCAUGCUUUCAUGCCAAUAGCCUUCACCCACAACAACCACAACCUUCAGCGAACCCAGGCUACUGUUACAUACCUGGACAAUACUGGCAGACGUUUGACUACUAUGACAUGGCCGUGGACGUCUGCUCUGGAGCAUUGCAGUCCAUCAAACUACCACAGACUUUCGCGACUGACCACAACACUUUGCCCACCCUCGACGAGUUGUUGCCGACGAUUGACCCAUCUUUAGAGUCCUUACCACUGGAACUAAACAGCAGCCCAGAUAUCGAGACGCCUCAACGAACCCAGCUUGGCUUGUCUCUUGAUGGGAGUCCCGUGGCCGAGCUCGAGAGUUCAACACAUUCGUCGCCCAGCCAUCAUCACCGCCACCACCAUUCCUGUGAAGUUUGCGAACGUGACAAGAGAGAGCGACGCAAGGAACAGAAUCGCAAAGCACAGCGAAAUCACCGGUUACGGAGCGAAGCAAAGCUGGAGCAGCUCAGGAUCAAGGUCCAGUCCCAGACAGAAGAAAUCGAGUCACUCAAAGAGACCAACCGGUCGUUGAUGAAGCAUGUCGAGAAGCUAAAGGGCAGGGAUAAAGAUAGGAGAGGAGAAGCUGCUGUAGAC